AUGGAACCCCGGCAGGAUCUGUACAAGACUCUGGCAGAGGACCUCAAUGAUUUCGUGGAGGAGAGCCUCCAGCCCGACCGGGAGUGGAAGAGGAAAGAGCAGGAUGCUUGUCACCGAUGUGCCAUUUUCUUGAAGAAUCACUGCUUCCAGGAUAUGCAGGUGGCAGGCCGAAAUGUCCAGGUGCUGAAGGUGGUGAAGGGUAGCUCCUACGGAAAGGGGACAAUGCCGAACCACACCUCCAACGUGGACUUGAUCCUAUUCCUGAGCUGUUUCUCCAGCUUCCAAGACCAAGCAGAGCUCUGUACGGAUGUCAUUGACUUCAUCAAGAAGAAAGUGGAUCACUUCAGUCGGAGCCUGACCUACGGCCUCUCUGUGACUUCCCACCAGAGCAGGAGCCCCCACUCCCUGGCCAUCCAGGUCCAGGCCAAGAAGAACAGCGAUGUCAUCAAAGUGGACGUGGUCCCUGCUUUCGACGUUCUGGGAAAAGCCUUCCCGGACUCUACACUACCACAGGAAAUCUAUGAAAACUUAAUAACCUACGAAGGCUACCCUGGGGAGUUCUCACCCAGCUUCACCAUCUUGCAGCGAUACUUCGUGAAAGGUCGCUCUGUAAAGGUCAAGAAACUCCUGCGGCUGGUGAAACAUUGGUGGUACCUGCAGCAUGAGAAACACAAACACACAGAAGUGGCCUUACCUUCAAAAUACGCCUUGGAGUUGCUGACCAUCUACGCCUGGGAAACAGGCACAGGCGAACGUGAGAAUUUCGACCUGGCCAAAGGCUUUAGGACAGUGAUGAAGCUCCUCCAAGAUUAUGAUGAUAUCUGCAUCUACUGGACCAAGUACUAUAACUUCGAAAAUGAGGCUGUCAGAAUCUUUAUCAAAAAACAGCUGAAGGAACAAAGGCCCGUGAUCUUGGACCCUGUAGAUCCCACCAACAAUCUGGGGAGAGAAAAAAGAUGGGAUGUGAUGGCCAAAGAGGCUGCCUACUGCCUACAACAGGCCUGCUGCAGGACUGUGGACCCGUGGCCAGUGCAAGCGGCAAGAGAUGUUCAGGUGAAAGUGAAGGUGCUGGGUGAGGUGGUCCAGACACUCAUGGUGGACCCUUACAGUCCCAUCUGGAAGAUGAAAAGGAGCUUCAAGAAGAUGUGUCAGGUCUGCGGGAAGCAUCUGUUUUCCUUCCAGGAGCCUGGAGACGAGCGGAAACUACUCAGCAACUCCAAGACGCUGGCGGAUUAUGGGCUCUUUGCCAGCGUGACAGUCUCGGCUCUGAAGAUGGAGCCUGGGGAGAUCCAGGUCUUUGUGAAGGACAGCAGCGGCCAUAGCGAGCCCUAUGCCAUUCGCCCUGACGCCUCCAUCUCUGACCUGAAGGAGAAGAUUGAGGAGGAAGGGGGGCCCGAUGCAACAGAUCAGAUACUCAAAUUCCCAGGCCACAAAGUGCGUUAUAGUAGCUUUCUCUCAGACCUGCAGGUCCAAGACUGUGACACCCUCCUGCUCUUCACGAAAGAUUACUAGUCCCCCGGGCGGUGGCCAGGCAUCAGGGUGACCACCUGGCCCUCAGACCACAGUGUUGCUUUUUCAUGGUUUUGCCUUAGAGCAGACUCCAGAACUAGCCGCUUACAGAUGCCGCCUGUGGACGUGACCAGUGACUGGGACGCCCCAAACACUGUGACUAAAACUGUCACCCUUACAAAAUUGUUUAGGUCCAGUGUCAGGGAUUUUCUGAGACAAUGGACUGUGAAAAUGAUCACUGAUCGAUUAAGAUCGGAGACAGGAAAUUCCCAGAUUGCCGACAGCAGAAAUAAACUGCGCAGCUAG